AUUAUUAUUAUUAUUAUUAUUUCAGGACACCAUUUGCCAUCUGUAUUUUGAUCACCUUUCACAAUAGAUUCGUCCAUUUUAUGCUAAUUUUAUCAUAAACUGGUCACACCCUUAUAUACUCAUUACUAUUAUUAAUCUUUGUCUGGUGUGAGUUAAUUUAAGAACUAAUUUUCAUUUGUUUACCAACUUUGUUUAUCCACUAACUUUUCUUUGUCUAAUAAUGAGUAUUUUUAGAAAUAAACUUCUCAGAUUGUUAACUGUUGAUAAGGGGAAUUAUUAGAUAUUGUUUUGUAGUGCGCAGAUUGACUUAAUGCGCAGGUAUAGAGUUCAUAAGUUGGAAUAUUACUAGGAUAUAUUUGUGUAUCCCUGAAUUGUCACCAUAAAUAAUAAACGUUCAUUAUCUGUUUAUACUGAGAUAUUUAUCUUCCAGAACUACUAAUAACCCAUAAAUUGAGCUAUGUGAAGUAUGUAAUGAACCCAAUUACACUAUAUUUCUCAGCUUAGAAUAGUAAAAUAUAUGAACUAUUGGAUUUCAGUCUAUUAAUUGGAAAACGGCUUCUUAACAACGAUACUCAAAACACCUCAGGCUCUCUGUUGUAGAGGUUAGAUCGCUCGAACUCGUAAGAAGUCUGAAACUAAGGCAAAACAUCUAGUAAAUGCAUCUUACUUUUUUUACUCGUUUUUUUCCAGUUUAUGUUGUACUGAAAUUAACAGGGCCCACUGAGUUACAGGUUUAUAAAUCCAACCAGUUUCAAGUAAUAGGACAAGUGUGGGGAACUGAAAAGUAUUAAUCUAAGCUUAUUUUUCGUGGUUGUUAUAAUGUUUAGUCAGAAGCAGUUAUUAACGUUAUGAUUCACCCCACUAAGUUAUGAGUUAUUUUAAAGUUACUUUUCACAUAAAUCUUGUCUAAUGUUAGUUUUUCACCGUACUAAUAUGAACUCUUAUCUAUAAUCAUAUAGGUACGGAAGCUAAAUAAGUCAUUGCAAAGUAUGAUUGAACUAGUGUCGUAAUAGCGUAUAAAAGUUGGAUAUCAUUAGGCUUUUUGGAAACAAGUGUUCUACUCUAUGAGAAUGACAUCAAAACGGAAGUAUUGUAGAAUAAGAAUAGGUCAAAGCUUCUGUAUUUAAAUAGAUUUCACAAUAAAUGACAUUUUAGCAAUCAAAUUAUAAUUAAUUCACCAGAAGCGGCCCAUUCUAAGUUGAGUUUUUUAUUUCCACAUAUCCUAUUAAUCGAUUGCAUUGUGCAAUAAAACAGCCAGGAAUGUAAGAAAAAGAGACUACGACCGAAUCACAACUGAAUUCUUUUAACAUUUCUUUUAUUCAAUUGUUGGUAGUAGUGGUAAUAUGCAUUGUUCAACUUAUAAGGAGUAUGAUUCUGUUAUUUUUUUGCAUCUAAGUAGAGAGUGAAUCGAUUAUUCUAAUUGAAAUAGAUUAUUUAUAAGUAUGUGUAUAAUUAUAUGUAUUGUCUGCUUGUGUAUCUAAUUAACAUUGUAUAAUUAUUGAUACUUCUUUUUUGUACUACAGAGAUUUAUUUUCUGAUUGUAUCUCUUGGUUGAGAAAUUUCAUAGUUAUGCACUUGUUAUCGUAAUAGUUUCUUUUGAUAAGACAUAUUGUUGUUUUUCUUCAUUUCACCCUAGAUAAUAACAUAAAAUGUCAUUAUUGUUAUUUAUGUAAUUUUAAAACUUUUUAUUAUCCAUGUAUGAAUACUUGUGGAUGACUUGUCACUAAUAAUAAGUAUUGUUAUAAGCAUCAAUUCUUAUUGCAAAAGAUGUCUAAUAAUUAGGCGUUGGUUUGUUUUAAUGCUUUACGUAUUGUUGUUGUUAUUAUUAUAAGUCUCGAUUGACCUUUGUCUCUUAUGCCACCCACAACAUAGGUUACCCCAUCAAUUUCAAGUGAUGACAUUAGAUUAUACCUCAAAGGUAUGACAUAGCGUAUUUUUCAAUUUGUCUUGAAAUAAUUUGGAGACGAUUUUGUCUUUAGUAUUUUUGAUUGUGUCACAUUCUGUGAAUUAAUUAAUUGAUCAUGUCACUUAAAAACACCAUCAUACCUUUUUUUAACCCAAAGAAGAAGGAAAAAUCACCCAAAAAUAUAUGAAUUGCUCAUGGUACCCUGAAAUUGUUCAAAGAUCGUUUUCUUACUUAUUUGAUUUUAAUAAUACACAUCUGUUGUAUUAAGUCUGGUAAUACUACAGUUGCAAUCGCUGUAAUCGAUGGAAUAGGUGAAUUGACUUGGAACUUGUUUCUUCAUUAGUUAGAAGUUUAGUGUUUAUACCAUAAUCCAACUACUUCGGUUAUUUGAUAGGAUUAUCAGUUGCUGAACAUAUAUAACACUACAAUUAUGUACUUUUUCCAUCAGGAGUUUUUAUCUGGUACUAUUUAUAAUUGACUUAAUAAAUAAUGAUGGCUUAUCGCAGGAAUGAAGGCUUUUUCAACCAAAGAAAAUAGGUUUUUUGGUAGAAUUACCAUGUUUCCAGUACGAGAAUGGUCAUUCAUCAACUUCUAUUCUAAGACGUUGAAUUGAGAUGGAUUGGGGUGGAGACUAAUCGUCAUUUGAUGGUGCAUUAGUUGGUUGGGUUGCCUGUUUAUUUUCUUAUUGAUGAAAAUCAACAAGUGUGGAUAUCUGAAGUCUCUACAUUUGACACAGACAGCGAUGUAUUCUUACCUGGGCUUCAACGAUUUAUCAUCACUUGCACUCCGUUUCCUUCAGUCUUUUUUUUCAAAGUUCCCAUUUUGUAUUGACGUGUACGAGUAACAUGUUUUUAAAACGGGAAUAAUUUUUAAAGGGUAUUAAAUUAUCCCACCACCUCAGUGUACGGUGGUAAUGUGAACCAAGCCCUUGUUGCAUCAGUUACUUCAUUCAACCAAAUAUGGUGAUUGUGCUAUUAGUUUACUGUCAACAUGUUAUAUGAUCAAAGGUAUAUGCGACAUUACGUAUCAUUAUGUCGAUUUUUGUAAAGCUGUUUUGAUCGAUCUUUUAGGUUAAGUUCAGCAAAUCAUUAAUCUUGUUUUGGUCAACAUUGUUUUUUGUACUUAUCUCGUUUAUUUACUCAUUUAUGCUUACCUUUCUAAGCUAAACCGUCAGUUCAUGUCGAUCCAGUUUCUUUUCAACACAAGAACUUCAAGAUUUUAAUUUAAACGAUGGUAGAGGAUUGCCAACCGUAGUUCUUUGUGGUCUAAGAGUUAGUCAGAUGGCUCAAACUUAUGAAGAUUUGGAUGCUAUUACACAACUGUUAGAGGAAAAACAAACAGAUCUUGAAUUGGCAGCGAAGAUCGGUAAAAAUCUGUUGGCGAAAAAUCAUGACCUUCAGUCGAGACUAUUGGAGACUGAGAAGAAUCUUAAUGCACGUGAUGAAGUUAUUAGUCAGCUAAAUCAUAAUCUCACUGUCAAAGAUAAUUUACUACGUAUAUUCCUAAGAGAUUCCGAUCAAAUUACUGAUAUUAAUGAUGAUGAAGUUAGCGUAUUAUCCAGUGGACGUGCAUCACCUGUUCGCAGUCAGCAGGGAUUAUCGUCUAGUGCCGGAGGAGGUGAUGGAUUUUCCUUGUCUUCAGUCAACUUCGCACAGUUGCAUAAAAAACUUGGAGAUCUAGAAGAAGAAAAUAACUUACUGCGUCAAGAGCGCAAUCGAUUGUCUACUGCGGCUGAUCAAUUGGAUGAACAUGAAACUGCAUUAGUUCGAGAUUGUGCACGUCAAUUAAUUACUGCUAAUAUGCAUAUACGUAAUUUAUCCGAUGAGUUGGCUAAGAAGUCUGAUGCUUUCAUGAAUCAACAAUCUGAAAUUACUCGCCUACUUACAAGAGGCUUAGAUUUAGAGAAUCGUGUUAAGCAGUUGACAGCAGAAAAUGAAAUGUUAAUUGGUCGACUGAAAGAAACGCAAAUAUCGCAAUCAUUACUGACAAGUGAAUUAAAAAAUUUACGUGAUAAAUAUGAUGAGUGUCUAACGCUUUAUAAUGAAGCUAGGUCGGAAAUUCGGGGUUUACGUAAACGUUCUCGUCGUGGUUAUUAUCGUCCUAAUUCACUUAUAUCCAGUAGUUCUGUAGUGAACACUGCAGUACUACCCUCACUGCCACCUUCCUACUUAAAUGGAGCCGCUUUAACACCACAGUCAGAUCCGGAUCCUAUGUAUCACUGUCAUCAUUCGUCAUUAUCCGCUAAUCAGCUAGUCAGUGAUGGCAGUACAUCUUCUCUGGACAUGUUGACUACACAAAAUCCAAGUUCGGAUCACUUGGAAACUUCAUUAGCUGCAGAUUUGGUACAUGCAAAAAUGAAAGAACAUGCGAAAGAUAAUAUGAAGCAUUUAUUUCGAGCAAUGGAUCAAGUUCGUCAUACGCAUACACUCAGUAAUGAUCCGACUACUACUCCCACUGCUACUACCACAAUUAAUUUUAAUAAUGACGAUAAAAGUAGCCAUAAUAUUACAUUAAUUGAAUCAGGUCUGGAAGAUACUGUUUCCAGCAGUGGCUUUGUUAGUGGAUCAGAACCGUCAGAUAAUCCUCACAAGCAAAGAUUCGUUAAAAGUGAACAAACGUCUAAUUCUGGAAGUCCGUAUUCAACUAGACCAUUUAUUCCAGGUUUUGUCAGCCCUAUUCACUUGACUUGUGCUGAAAGAAGUAAAUCUGAUGCAGUAAAUUAUCGCUUUCGUCAAUCUACAAAUCCGAUUUAUUUACUAGAGUCUGAAAAACGACAUAGUUGGUUAGGUUGUGACGUAACUUCUGAUUCAUCUGAGAAAGGAUAUUAUUCGAUUCCUGAUAGUGGACUGAAUUUUCAAAACAGCUUUGAUGAUAGUCUACUUUCAUGUGACCCGAAUGUGGUCUGCACUAGUAAAGCAUAUUGCAAACUGCCUCAACGUUUGAAGUUAAUUAAACCGUUAGAUGGCUCUAAUGUUCUUCAACAUUGGCAGCAUUUAGCUACUCCUAGUUUUACCCGAGCACUUUUUGAUGCCCCACUACCUGGAGUUCAAAGUCGUGCUGGAGUACCAGAUUCAACCAACACGAACUGUUUGACGAUGGCUAGCGCUACCGACUCUCGACAACGUCCUGUUUCAGUCGGAUCAUCACCUUGUAUUUCAAACAGUUCUCAAAUUCCACUUAAAUGCAGUAGUUUGACUGCUCAUUCGCCUUCGGAUUUACCACACGGUCAACCAAAUAUGAGAUUAGUUCAAGAAUCGUUAGAGAAGUGUACUAAUCUAAACUGUAUUUAUCAACCGAUAAAAAUCUUGUACCGAUUUGGAUUCAGUUCAUCAACAUGUUUCCUCAAUAAUGGACUGAGAACACGAUCGUUAGAUCAUUUAGUGGCAGGAUCCUCAUCCUCAUCGUACAAUGAUAAAGAUAGUAAUAAUAAAUUUAUCCAGUUUAAUCAAGCGUUUGACCACGCAAAAAGUGACGAAUCUGCCUCAUCAUCAUAUCUUACCUCAUUUUCCUUAACUUCAUUAGUGUCUGCUUUAUUGCCGUUCACUACUACUGUUCUCCCAUCAUCAGUAUCAUCAUUUGAUCCAAAAGGUGUCACAAUCAACAAUAAAUUAACAAAAGCAAAAACACAACACGGUGAAUCAACACAUAUACGAUCGAAAUGUCCAUCAUCAUCAACAGCAGCUACCGGUUUACAAGGUUUACUUGAUGUAAAUAAAGAAUAUGCUGAUUCGUCGAAAUCAUUAUUACAUAGAACGUCAACAUCAAAAUCAAUUGAUCGUAGUGCAUUAUCUCCAAAUAGCAAUGUACCAAAUCCAAUUGCUCUUCCUAAUCCCCAACCUCCAACAUUAAUUUCUCCUAGCGUUAAUCGUACUACUAUUUCACAUUCACGUCCUGUACGUACUAGUAACUUGACAGAAAUCACUGAAGAGUCUAGUUCACCACCAUAAUCAGAAAAUGGUAAAAAAUCAUUGAUAUCUUCGGAAAAUCAAAAACAAUCACAAUCUGAAGAAGUAGUAGUAGUUCCAGAAAGGUCGAAAAAUUCGAAGUAGUAGAUUCAUUUAUUGAUGGAGUUGUUGUGUUAUUGUCACAUGUAGUAUCAAACAUAUAGAAUGGAUUAUUUAUUAUUAUAUCAUCAUUUGUGUAUCAGUUUCAUAUGAAAAUUUUAGUCUUUCAUUAUAUAUAUAUAUAUAUAUAUA